GCACAUAUGUGUAGAUGUUUUCUAAAUAAUAAGUUUUAAUAUUUUAUUUAUUAUCCACUUGAUACUUUAAAAGUGCAACAAACACACUCCAUAUGGAUGAUCUCAAUCCCUUGGCUGGCACAGCACAUCUGCUGGAGGAAGUAGACAAGAAGCUAAUGGUUCUGCUACGAGAUGGACGCACUUUAAUCGGCUACUUACGAUCGGUGGAUCAGUUUGCCAACUUAGUAUUGCAGCGAACAAUUGAGCGGAUACACGUUGGAAACGAGUACGGUGACAUUCCGCGUGGGGUUUUUAUAAUACGGGGUGAGAACGUAGUGCUGCUGGGCGAGAUUGAUCGUGAAAAAGAGCAAAAACUACCAUUGAAGGAAAUUUCUGUGGAUGAAAUACUAGACGCACAGCGUCGAGAACAGGAACAGCGUCAGGAGAAGCACAGGUUAGUGUCAAAGGCACUCAAAGAGCGCGGUCUGGCUGUCAAUGCGGAUAUCAUAAACGAGGAUUUUUGUUAGAUUAAGAACAUUUCAUCGAUUUUUGUCAGUUGUAUAUUUGUACUUCAUAAAAAUCUAUUUAAAAACUAAUUAUAUACAAGAA